AUGCCGUACUUCUGCGAAAAUCCCUUGGCCACGAGUCGUGCCUUGAACCGCUCGAUCUCUCCCGCUUGGUUCUCCUUGAUGCGAAACACCCAACGACAACUGAUUGCCUUUCGACCUUGGGGCAAUGGCACCAACGACCAUGUCUUGUUCUUGCGAAGAGAGUCGACUUCUGAGUUGCACGCUUCCUUCCACUUGGCCGCGUUGCUGGAUUCCAUCGCCGACUUGAACGUAGUCGGCAUUUCUCCCACUGAAUCCACAACCGUCUGCGGCCGACUCUGUCGCUUGCUCCGCGGGAUCUCUACCGGUUCCUCCAACGACUGCGUUCGCUGCGUCUCCCUCCGUCGAAGACGUCUUCCAUGA